AUGAAGCUGAACAACAACUACACUCGCAUCCUAAGAGAGAUUAAGGGUCGUGAAAACCUAGAAUGGCCUUGGUCCAAAGGAAAGCAUCCCCCAAGGUCCGAGAAGUCAAGAGAUUACUGUGAAUACCACUGCUUCAACGGCCAUCAGACUGAAAAAUGCAAGAACCUCAAGAUAGUGAUCCAGAAGCUGAUCGACGCUGGCGACCUCAAACAGUACAUACAGAAGGCAGAAACCGAUGAUAGGACAAAACGAAGCAAGCAAGUCCAACUACCUGAAGGAAAUCGAACACUCAAUGUUAUCUCAUGCUUCGAACCUAAUGGCCCCUUGUUAACAACCCAGAUAGGGAAGAGAUUGAGAAAGCAGUUCGAGGAUUACUGCGAGCUGUACAAAAUUGAUGGAGUCGAAGUCGAUGAGCACGAACAAUGGAUGAAUGCAUCAAUAACAUUCGAAGCUGAGGAUAUUGAGGAAGAUAUGGAGGACCACAACGAUCCUUUAGUUCUUACAUUACCAGUUGCAGGAUGCAACAUCAAGAAGGUUCUAAUUGACGGAGGGAGCUCAGUCAACGUCUUAUUUUAUGAUACAUUCAAACGGAUGGAACUGAAUGAUGAGCAAUUGAUGUCUUCCUACUAUACCAUCUACGGAUUCAACGGCACACCAACGAAGCCCCUAGGAUACAUCGUGUUGGAAGUUAUGGCAGGCCCAAUGAAAGUCGAUACCCGAUUCAACGUGGUAGAUUCUCCUUCUCCCUACAAUGCCAUCAUUGGCCGACGAUGGGUGCACAAACUCAAAGGGGUUGCAGCGACAUAUCAUCAGUACCUUAGAUUCCCAACACCCGAAGGGGUAAUGGAAAUUAAGGGAGAUCAGGUCACCGCCCGCGAGUGCCAUGCCAUACAGAACCAACUCAAUAAUGAGCACGAUGAACAGCGGAAGUCCCGAAGAAGCAGAAACAAAGCAGCCGUCAAGGACAAGGCGAUCGACCAGUACCUUGAGGAAACCUCAGGCAAAAGUCUAACGAAGGGUAGCAACGUCCUAACUACCGAAGCAGGCACCUCAAUGGCUUAG